CGGUGCCCACUAAUGAUCCGCUGCAAAAAGAAAGAAAGGAAAAUGCCAAGAGAAGUUCUGAAAUAUCUUUAAGAACUCAAUUCCUUCAUUGGACGAGAAAAGUGAGAUUUGAAGGAUGACUGCCAAUACAAGAGGUCAUUUGGAGGCUGGCUUAAUUCUGAAAGGAUGUUGCUGUCCAGUCUGAGCUUAGCUGUCUUCCUCAUCCUGACCUUAUCCAGUGCACACAGUUCUUCUCAGUCCUGUGUUUGCUCGCUUCUGCCUCCCGGGCUUCAGGUCAACUGCAGUUCUCUAGAGCUCAUGGAGCUGCCGCCUCUCUCCUUAGAGACCACGGAGCUCCUUUUGCAGGGCAACCGGCUCACCUCGGUGUCUCCGGGCCUGUUCGACAGACUCGCUCGGCUGAAAAAGGUCUCGCUAUCUGGAAAUCCCUUCCACUGCGACUGCAGGAUCCAGUAUCUGAGGAGCUGGUUGCUGAAGAACAGAGCUGUGGUUUUAGAGGAGCCCGUUUGCUCCAGUCCGAGCCAUGUGGCUCAGAAAGCCAUUGCCGAGCUGACAGAGGACCACUUCUCCUCCUGCACUGUAGCGAGCUGUGAUUAUGGGAUGUACAACGCCACUUUGGGGCUGGCGCUCUGCUGCCUCGUUCUGCUGCUUCUGUGGAACUUGACGCUGGCCAGAAAGUCCACUUUCAUUCUGUCCAUUGACGAGAGACAUUCGGGGUUCGAGGCGGACUCUCUGCGCUCGCUGAAGCCCAAACACAGGAGGAGGCUGUGCACUGGACUGCCAGGGGUCAGCGCGCGCUCAGACUCUGUCAUUUGGUCAGAGGACUUUGAGAGGCCGCUUAUCAACAUGGAGUUACUCCCACAAGUACUCGACGUGUUACACAAGAAGCACAACAUAAAGAUAAAAGCUACCUGAUGGACGUCUCACUGUGGAAGUACAAACAUUACCAGCGGCAACUCGAGCUAGGGGA